CGUGGCAGACGCAGGAGACAGCAGCGGCUUCAGCAGCAGUGGAGAGGCACUUCCUGUGCAGAAGCUUGCAGCAGGAGCUAGCAGCAGCAGGAGAGGAGGAGGCAGGGGUGUGAGAGCCCAGGCAGCAGGCAGACACCCAGCCUGGAGGAAUCCCCCCUGCAGCUGAGACCAUGGGCCAGAAUGACCUAAUGAGCACGGCUGAGGACUUUGCAGACCAGUUCCUGAGAGUGACGAAGCAGUACCUUCCCCACGUGGCUCGUCUGUGCCUGAUCAGCACCUUCCUGGAGGAUGGGAUCCGCAUGUGGUUCCAGUGGAGCGAACAGAGGGAUUACAUUGAUGCCACGUGGAACUGUGGCUAUUUCCUGGCCUCCAUCUUUGUGUUCCUAAAUCUCUCUGGACAGCUGAGCGGCUGUAUCCUGGUGCUGAGUAGGAACUUUGUGCAGUAUGCCUGCUUCGGCUUGUUCGGAAUUAUAGCAUUACAGACCAUUGCUUACAGCAUUCUGUGGGAUCUGAAGUUCUUGAUGAGGAACCUUGCCCUUGGGGGAGGCUUGCUGCUGCUUUUGGCUGAGUCACGGUCGGAGGGGAAAAGCAUGUUUGCCGGUGUCCCCACCAUGCGGGAAAGCUCCCCCAAACAGUACAUGCAGCUGGGUGGACGUGUGCUACUGGUCCUCAUGUUCAUGACACUGCUACAUUUUGAUGUUAGCUUCUUUUCUAUUCUCCAGAACAUCGUGGGCACAGCCCUGAUUAUCUUAGUGGCGAUUGGCUUUAAGACCAAGCUGGCUGCCUUGACUCUGGUCAUCUGGCUGUUUGCCAUCAACAUCUACUUUAACGCCUUCUGGACCAUCCCAGCCUACAAGCCCAUGCAUGACUUCCUCAAGUACGACUUCUUCCAGACCAUGUCUGUCAUUGGAGGGCUUCUCCUGGUGGUGGCGCUGGGUCCUGGUGGCGUCUCCAUGGACGAGAAGAAAAAAGAGUGGUAACGGGAGCAGUGUAGCUUCUCGGGACACAACAGCUUAGGUCCAGGACUGAUUCUCUAUGGAGUCAACAAAAACUGCCGCCAUUUUACGUAUACCUGCCCCUCCCGUACCUUCCCCUGUUAAAGGCACAGAUGUCUUGAGAAUUUAAUUUACAGUGGCACCAGUAAUCUGAUAAUAGAUGAUAAAUCCUACUUCUUCGAGGAA